AUGUGGUCACUAGUGCAGUACCGACGGAUCGGAAAGCAGGUCGAGCACGAAUGGCAAGAGAAGGCUCAAAAACAAGGUCACAACGAGAAAAAGAGUGCUUUCCGAGAUGCUGAGGCUGGGUCAGAACAGAGGAUACUGAGGGGGUCCAGCGGUCCACUGGAAGAGGAGUCCUCCGAGGAACGGCCAGAAUCGGUGGGCGGCAGCGUCGGUGGGAGUGGGAAGAUCGUCGUCGAUACGACAGGCGACGAUGACCCUAUUGAUCCUCACAACUGGCCGCUACUCGCAAGGUGCAAGAAUAUUGCCAUCCUAUGUCUCCUUAUAUUCUCCCAGGGCUGGGCGAGCGCCGCAGACUCGAUGGCGAACUCGCGAGUCAGUCAAGACUACGGCGUGAGCAGGGUGGCGGCCAAUCUCUCUCAAGCCCUGUAUCUUUUGGGCAUUGGAUCCGGAUGCCUCUUCUGUGGUCCUCUCUCCGAGACUGUCGGAAGGAACCCAACUUACCUUGGAGCGACCGUCUGUUAUCUAUGCUUUGUGCUUGGUACGGCGUUGACUUCGAACUUGGGGGGGCGGAUUGUUUGCCGAUACUUUGUUGGCGUCUUUGCCAGCGCCGUCCUGGGUAUCAAUGGCGCCAGUGUGAGCGAUCAGUUUCGCCCCGUCAAGCGGGCGUUCGCAUUUCCUGUCAUAGCGUGGGCAAACGUUGCUGCUCCCAUGCUCGCACCGGUCGCAGGCGGAUGGUUGGUACAAGAUCGCAGCCUCAGUUGGCAUUGGACUGACUGGGUCACACUUAUCAUUUCCGGCAUCGCCUUCAUCAUCGCCUUCCUCUUUCUCCCCGAGACCUACCUGCCGAUUCUGCUGGACUGGAAAGCCAGACAUCUUCGUCGUGUUUCCGGAUUGUCCGUGUACGUAUCCAACCACGCUGAGAAGGAAUCGCUCCUCAAGCGUCUACGCGAGACCCUCCCUAUGCCGGUCAUCUAUUUCUCAAGCGAACCUGUCGUUGCGGUGCUGGGUGGCUACCUGAUCCUCGUCUACAUCCUCAUGUUCACUUUCUUAUCUGGGUUUGACUACAUUUUCAAAAAGACCUACGGGCUGUCCGACGGGCUGACGGGGUCUUGCUUCGCAUCCAUUGCCGCUGGAUCUACAUUCUUUACCCUGUUUGCGCCAGCUCUUUUCCACUUUUCACGCGUCCACACUCACUACGUGAGGCAAGCCUGGAUCAAGCCCGAAUACAGGCUGUGGCCGGCCAUCGUCACGGCGCCGUUGAUGCCCAUCUCCUUGUUCUGGCUGGGCUGGACCAAUUACCCCAGUAUCUCACUGUGGUCGGGCCUGGCGGCUUGUUUCUGUUUUGGCAUCGUGGCGACGGCCGUGUACGUCAGCAGCUACGAGUACAUUGUCGACAGCUACACGAAACACAGCGCCGUCGCGCUGGCCAGUAUCACGAUGGCGCGAUAUCUCAUUGCGGGGACGAUGGUCAUGGCCGCGAGGCCCAUGUACACGGGGAUAGGGGUACACUGGACCAUGACUCUGCUGGGGUGUAUUGGCUUGCUCCUGGCGCCUGCUCCCUUGUUCUUCAGGCGGUAUGGGAAGAAAUUGAGGGCGAAGAGCGCAUACGCGGCGUCAUGA